CUCUGUCUCCGUCUCUCCCUCUCUCCCCGUCUGUGUCCCUCUCGGUGUCCCCCUGCAGGUGCCAUGGAGCUGAAGGGCUUGGUGCUCUUCCUGGCCGUGGGCCUCCAGGGCCUGGGCCUGGCCCCCGGCUGCCCGAUCGAGUGCACGUGCUCCAAGGCGGCACAGGUGGAGUGCGUGGGCGGGCGGAUCCUGGCAGUGCCCAGCCCGCUGCCCUGGGACGCCAUGAGCCUGCAGAUCCUCAACACGCACAUCAGCGAGCUGGACAAGCGGCCCUUCCUCAACGUGUCGGGGCUCAUCGCGCUGCGCAUGGAGAAGAACGAGCUGGAGCGCAUCGCGCCGGACACCUUCGACCACAUGGGCUCGCUGCGCUACCUGAGCCUGGCCAACAACCGGCUCCAGUCGCUGCCGCUCAGCCUCUUCCGCCCCCUGAACAACCUCGAGGCCCUGCUGCUGUCGGGCAACCAGCUGGUGAACGUGGUGCCGGGCCACUUCGCACCCUUCAGCAACCUCAAGGAGCUGCAGCUGCACGGGAACCUGCUGCAGGUGCUGCCCGACGGCUGCUUCGACGGGCUCCCGGGCCUGGUGAAGCUGGACCUGGGCCAGAACCGGCUGGGCCGCCUGCCGCCGCACGUCUUCCAGCGUCUGGGCCAGCUGCGCGUGCUACGCCUGGCCGAGAACCAGCUGGUGGACAUCCCGCCGGACGCCUUCACCGGCCUGGCCAACCUGCAGGAGCUGGCGCUGCAGGAGAACCAGCUGCGCCGCCUGGCGCCGGGCCUGUUCCAGGGCACGCCCCAGCUGGAGCGGCUCUACCUGGCCAACAACCAGCUGGAGGCGCUGCCCCGGGGCCUCUUCCUGCACCUGCCCCAGCUCAACCGGCUGACGCUGUUCGCCAACGGGCUGCGGGAGCUGCCUCCGGGCCUCUUCGGCCGCAUGCCGCAGCUGCGCGAGCUCUGGCUCCAGGACAACCAGCUGCAGCACCUGGCCGAUGGCGUCUUCGAGCCUCUGGACCAGCUGCAGGUGCUCGUGCUCAGCCGCAACCGGCUGAGCUCCAUCGCGCCCGACGCCUUCCGCGGCCUCAGCGGGCUGCGCGAGCUGGCACUGCACUCCAACGCGCUGCAGGGCCUCGACGGGCGCCUCUUCCGCGCCCUGGUCAACCUGCAGAACGUGUCCCUGCAGAACAACCGGCUCCGCAGCCUGCCCGGGGACCUCUUCGUCGGGGUCAACGGCCUCAGCACCCUGCAGCUGCAGAACAACCAGCUGGAGAGACUGCCGGCCGGCAUCUUCGACCACCUGGGCCAGCUGUGCGACGUGCGGCUCCAGGACAACCCUUGGCGCUGCGACGCCGGCAUCGGGCCCCUGCGGGCCUGGCUCCUGGCCAACAGCGCCCGGCUGGGCGGCUCCGAGCUCCUGCCCGUGUGCUUCAGCCCGGCCCAGGUCCGCAACCAGGCCAUCGUGGUGGUCAACAUCAAUGUGCAGCCCGCAGUGUCCAGCCCCAGCUACCCAGACACCCCCGCGCAGUACCCAGACACGUCCAGCUACCCCGACACCACCUCUGUCUCCUACACCACUGAGUACACCACCGUGGAGGAGGACCUGACCGAGCUGACCACCGUGGAGGACACGGCCGACAGGGACGUCUGGGGCAUGACCCGGGCCCAGAGCGGCCUGGCCAUCGCCGCCAUCGUCAUCGGCUCCAUCGCCUUGGCCUGCUCCCUGGCGGCCUGCAUCUGCUGCUGCUGCUGCAAGAAGCGGAGCCACGCGGUGCUGAUGCAGAUGAAGGGGCCCAACGAGUGCUGA